CACACCGCUCCCUGUACCCGGUCCAAACAACCUCAUCACCCCCGACCUUCACUGCUCUCACACCGGUUCACUCUCCCAAAGCUCCCGGGUCUAGCGCGCUGCUCUAACCCGAGUUUCGCUUCCUGAUUCCCGGCUGACAGAAGAGGAGUUGCCGGUGCCUCCCACUUCGCUCCGAGCGCUUAUCCCGUCUCUUGUCGCCGUGUUUCUCCGCACUAAGCACCGUGGACGGGCAGUAUGACAGGAGGGCUCAAAGAUUCUGAACCCGAGGAGUUUCUGCAUUCGCCGUUCAUCAGAAAACAAGGAAAUAUUUACAAACCCAACAACAAGGACAUGGACAACGAGAGUUUGAACGAGAAGACGAUGGAGGACGUGCACACCAAAGAGAUAGACCUGGUCAACCGGGAUCCGAAGCACGUGAACGACGACGUGGUCAAGGUGGACUUCGAGGACGUGAUAGCAGAGCCCGCCGGCACCUACAGUUUCGACGGCGUGUGGAAGGCCAGCUUCACCACCUUCACCGUGACCAAGUACUGGUGCUACCGCCUGCUCACGGCUCUGGUGGGCAUCCCCCUGGCGCUGGUGUGGGGCAUCUUCUUCGCCAUCCUGUCCUUCAUCCACAUUUGGGCCGUGGUGCCUUGCGUGAAGUCCUACCUGAUCGAGAUCCACUGCGUGAGCCGCGUCUACUCCAUCUGCGUGCACACCUUCUGCGACCCGCUCUUCGAGGCCAUGGGCAAGUGCUUCAGCCAAGUCCGCAUCCGCACCACCAAAGAGAUAUAAGCAGAUCUGAGAAAUAUCUGAAAAUAUCUUUACAAAUACGGGAUACACUUUCGAAUAACUACACUGUAAUUAGCUUUUUAAAUUUUUAUUUUCUUUUAAGUGGGACUAAACACCUAAACGCCUCACAAAACUACAUUUCAAGUACUAUUAGAGCUGAUAAAUUGGGCAGCAGCGUGGGAGUGAUGUCACAUAGUACUUGAAAUUGCAGUACACUCACAUUUAGUCAGUCAUUUUCUUUGCUUUAUUAAGGCUAAUUAAAGUGUAGUUAUUAUAAAGUGUUACCAAAAUAUAAAGGUGCAAUAUGUAACUUUUUCCAUUGGUUUCCAUGGAGAUGUAACUGUUCCACACUAUGGCAUUAAACUUGUCUAUCUCCAUGGAGACAAGCAGGCGACUUCACCAAGCCAAGUUAUAGGUUGGGUCGAGUCUGUGGAAAGUUUUUGAUAUUUGGAGAUAAAAAACAACGCAAAAAUAAAUAAUGCCAAACUGCGGAACAUUUCAGGAAAAGAAAUAACAUCUCUAUGGAUACAAGCAAAGUUACAUAGUUCAUCUUUUAAACUAUAUCUUCAAAGAAUAUGUGAGAUUUUGGGGUUGAAGAUAACGGAGAGAUACAAUUUUGAGUUUUAAUUUUGGAUUUUAUUUUUGGAUUUUAUUUUUGAAUUUUGUUUUUUUGAAUUUUUGUUUUUAUUUUCGGGGCUGCCGUCAGUCCUCUUUGGUGCUUGUUUGGUCUGGAGCUGUCCGUGGAGAGCUGGGUUAACAAAGCCGGGAUUAAACUAACCCUGAGUCCACAAAACGCAAAACAAACCCUGGAUCAGGACUGCCCUGUCUGCCCUGGGGUGACCCGAGUUUAACCCAGAUGCCCUCCCGAAAACUGCUCCCGUCUGCCCUGGCGUGAACUGAGAUUAAACCAGAAGCUCUUCCCGAAAAACGCCGCGUGUCUGCUUUGAGUUUACCCCGAAACUGUCCCUGGAUGUAUACCUGAUGCCCUCCCCAAUCCGCUCCCGUUUGGUCCAGUUUAUAUGCAGAUGCCCCCUCCCCGAAAGCAGCGUCAUCUCUCCAGUUUGAGCACUUAUUUUUAACCCAGAUGCCCUCCCCGAAACUUGUACGGCGCGCCUUCGGUUUCACCCACAACCGCCGCCAAACAAACCCAGAUGCCCUCCCCAAAUCCCAAAUAACAACUCACUGUGCCUUCGAGUUUUGAUCUACGUUUGUGCCAGAUUGUCCUCUUGUCUGCUCUGGUUAGAUCCCUUUUUUUUUUUAACCCAGAUGCCCUCCCCGAACUGUCUCUGCUCUGCUUCUGUCUGACACUGAACUUACGCCGCCCUAUAGCCUGCAUCACCGCUUUACAUUUUUUCAUUUUGGGACCAGAAUAUUUUAAAGAACUAACACAAGAUGAUGUGAAUGGAGAGACUAAAGUGGACCAAUGGACUCCCCGGUUGGACGGUUUUGGGAAUUUUUAAAUAAUUUGAAGUUUGGAUGUUUUCAUUUUUAAUUACCAUGGUAUUUCCUACUUUUGUUUAUUAUACUGUAUGUUCAUGGUGGAGUUUGCAGAUUUGUUGAACUUUUUAUUUUAUGGUUCAUAUCUCUGUCUUGUGUCUUCUCUGCUGGUAUAAAUAAACAAAAGUGAAAUAUUUUGUAGUUAACAGCUUCAGAAAGUGGUACCACAAUUCACAAAAAGUAAAUCUCUCAUAGAGUUUUAUAGAUGUAUGACCUUCCAUCUGAAUUUCUAACAUGAAAUUCCCAAAUUCCAUUGUAAUUUUAAUAUGGAAAACCCAACAAGGAGGGAAAACGUUUCCAUUGUCCAUUGUUUAAAGUCCAUAUUUGUGAAGAGGUUUUUCAAAAUAAAACAUUAAAGGUGCAUUGUGUAACUUCCACUGUGUUUCUGGUGGAAGGUCUGUUGGAGAUGUUAUGGCGAAAUGGAGAUUGCCUGGCAUGUUUCACACCUUGGUAUUAAACCAUAGGAGACCAAAUCAGACCAAGUUACAGGUCAGAUCUGUGGAGAGGCGACACGGCUCACAGUCAGAACGCUUGUUUUUCUAGGUAUUUUUAAGCUAAAACCAAUUGUGAAUAAAUAAAUGAACAUUCCAGGCAGAGAAAUAAUCAUCUCCAUAGAAACAAGCAGGGGGCACAACCAAAAAGUUACACAGUGCAUCUUUAAAGCCAUGCACAGAAAGUGGUACCACAAUUCAAAAACAGUAAUUCUCCCAUAGACCUUCCAUCUGAAAUUCUAACAUCAAAUUCCCCAAUACAAAUCUGUUAUUCCAUUGUAAUUUUAUUAUGGAAAACGUGAUUGACCUUGACACGGAGGAGAAACGUUUCCGUUGUCCAUUGUUUAAAGUCCACAUUUGUGAAUAGGCUUUUCAAAAUAAAACAUUAAAGCUGUAUUGUGUAACCUCCACUGUGUUUCUGGUGGAAGGUCGGUUGGAGAUGUUACGGCGAAAUGGAGAUCGUCUGGAAUGUUUUACGCUACGGUUUUAAGCCUCACUGUCUUCACAGAGACCAAACCAGACCAAUUUACAGGUCAGAUCUGUGGAGAGGCGAUGGAUAUUUGAGCUAAAACCACCUGUGAAUAACUAAAAGAACAUUCCAGGCAAAGAAACGACAUACUCCCAACCAAAAAGUUACACAGUGCAUCUUUAAAGCAAUGCAUAUCAAAGUGAAGUGGUUUUUCAAAAUAAAACUAUCUUAAACCUGCUUAAACACUUAACGCUUAUCUGCACCUGAUCUUUAUUUAACUGCAGCACUUGUUUGACACUGCGCAAUAUAUUUAGUUAAUUCCUGUUUUGGACCAUUUUAGAAUAUAUUAAAAUAAAAUAAAAAAGAGAUUUGUUUUUCCAAGUUUAUUUGCAAUUUUCAACCUUAUAUUAUUUGUUUAAGGUUUUCAUUCCAGUGCAAUAUCUGGAGGAAUAGUUUGGGAUUUUUAAUAGCACUAAUGUCACCUUUGAUUUAGAUAGAAUUCAACUUAAAUACUUAAAAUUGCCUUAAUUUUUUUUUUUUUAAACAAUUGUGUUUAAAGAGGGCAACUAAUGUAAACUUCAAAUAUUCUGGACUAUUUGGGAUUUUAAAACAGCUUUUGUACUAUUUAGGAUUGGGAUUUUUGGUAGAUUAAAGCUGUACUGCGUGACAUUUUGUCUCCAUGGAAACAGUAAAAUGGCAUGCCCACAACACAGCCAAGAGAGGCAGAUCUAUGGAGAGGCAAUAUAAGGAGACUGGUUUAUGUGAUUUUAUUUUUUUUUUACUUUUUACUACUAUAUCUAUUGUCAAUGAAAUGUUACACAGUGUGGCUUUAAAAAUACCAUCAAAAUAGCAAAGAUAAUAAAAGUUGCUUAGUUCCUCUUUAAAAUCAAUUUGGUUUUCGUGCCUUAAAAUCUUCCAUUGUACUUGUGUAGAAAAUGUUGGACUCUUCUCAUGAAAAAUCUCUAUUCCUGGGUUUAGCAUUCAUAAAGUUGUAAUAUUUGAUUCAUUUUUUCUCAUACAUUUUGCAUUUUAAACUCUCUUGCGCUCAGUUCUGGACACUAAAGCCUGCUUCUCUCCACUGCUGUCCAUGUUUUUGUUGAACUGAACUGAAAUGUUUGUAUUUUAUUUUGUGACGAUUUCCUGCUUUUGACUCACGCUGUGCACAUUAAAGUUUGAUUUUGUCACUGGGA